AUGGGACACAAUGGAAAAACUAAUGAAACUAGAAUUAACGGAAAGAUUUGUACCGAGUCGAUACUUGAAACGAAAGACUCGAAAAAUCAUCCCGGCUUCAGCUCGUCUGUCAAGCUCAAAUACGUCAAGCUCGGCUACCACUACUUAACCACCCAUGCAUUGCACAUCUUUUUUGUUCCCUUAAUAGCAAUCUCGACCAUCCAUCUCACUACCAUCACGUCACAAGACCUACUAAAAUUAUACGACCACUUAAAAUACAAUUUGGUCUCGGUUAUCUUUUCAUCGACAAUAGUCGUUUUUCUUACGACACUCUACUUCACGAUGAAGCCGAGAAAAAUCUACUUGGUCGACUUUUCUUGCUACAAGCCCAAACCGGAAAGCAUGCGCACGAAGGAGUUUGUCGUGUCGCAAGCGAAAAUAUUAGGUUGUUUCACGCGCGAGAAUUUGGAAUUUCAAAAAAGAAUACUCGAGAGGUCAGGUUUGGGCCAAAAGACGUACUUUCCCGAUUCGCUCUUGCGGGAUUCUCCUGACCCGUGCAUGGCGGAGGCUAGACAAGAAGCCGAGGAAGUAAUGUUUGGAGCGAUCGAUGAUUUGUUGGGUAAAACGAAGGUUAGGGCUAAGGAUAUCGGGAUACUUGUGGUCAACUGUAGCUUGUUUAAUCCCACGCCGUCGUUAUCCUCCAUGAUUGUGAAUCAUUACAAGCUAAGGGGUAAUGUGUUGAGCUAUAAUCUUGGUGGGAUGGGCUGUAGUGCUGGAUUGAUCUCCAUUGACCUUGCCAAACAGCUUCUGCAGGUGAAUCCCAACUCAUACGCGCUAGUGGUGAGUACUGAGAACAUCACUCUUCACUCCUACACUGGCAACAACCGCUCGAUGCUACUCUCAAACUGCAUCUUUCGAAUGGGCAGUGCUGCUAUCCUCCUCUCCAACAAGCACUCCGAUAAACCACGUGCUAAAUACGAACUCAUCCACACCGUUCGAACCCAUAUGGGCGCCCAAGAUAAAAGCUACAGGUGUGUUUUCCAAGAAGAAGACAAGGAUGCUCGAAAAGUGGGCGUCCGCCUCUCCCGAGACAUCAUGUCAGUGGCCGGCGAAGCCCUGAGGACGAACAUCACGACCUUAGGUCCGUUAGUCCUCCCCAUGUCGGAGCAACUCCUCUUUUUGUUCACGCUCCUUGCCCAGAAGGUGCUCAAGAUGAAGAAAAUCAAGCCAUACAUCCCAGAUUUCAAGCUCGCGUUCGAGCACUUCUGCAUUCACGCAGGGGGCAGAGCAGUGUUGGACGAGCUGGAGAAGAAUCUCGAGUUGAGCCCAUGGCACAUGGAACCGUCUAGAAUGACGCUCUAUCGGUUUGGGAACACGUCAAGCAGCUCAUUGUGGUAUGAACUGGCGUACGUAGAGGCCAAGGGUAGGGUUCGUAAGGGGGACCUUACAUGGCAGAUUGCGUUCGGCUCGGGAUUCAAGUGUAAUAGUGCAGUCUGGAAGGCAUUAAGACGGGUUAACCCGACUAACGAGAGGAAUCCGUGGACGGAUGACAUUCACGAAUUUCCCGUGGAGGUGCCAGAAGUGGCUUCCAUUCAGUGCUAG